CCCUUCUUGAGUUUUAAGAGUGAACAAUGUUUUAUACGCACCCACCACAAUUUCUAUUUUCAAUAUUAAUUUAGUUUAGUUAUCACUAUUGUAGAAUUUAGAAAAUGUAAUUGGUCAUUCAUCACUCAUACGUGCUGUUGCUUUCCUAUUUUAGAUAUUAUCUUAAAUUCACUGUUAGUUUACGUGAUGAUAGAGUAGAAGACAUCCAAUCUACAAAUCUCGUCGACCGUCGUAUUAUUUUAAACAAAUGCUAUGACCUCCAGUUUAAGAGACCAGACAUCAUUUAUGCUUAGCUGAAACCUAAUAGUCAUUGUUGAAGCCAUCCUUGUUGUGUAAUAAAUUUUUAUGGUGCUAAAUAAAGCACAAUUUAAAGUGAAAGUUGACCAUCUCAUACACUGACCAGUAAUAUUGGUGGGAAAAGUGAAACAAAAUAUUUAGUAAAAAUUUCUCAUUCAUAAAAACGUUUUUGAUUUUAAUACAAAGAGUAUGAGUAUUUCGUUACUCAUGCUAAAUACUUACUACAAAAAUGAUUUUAAUUUUUGAUAACAAUUAAUUUUUGUUCGCAUCAUUUAAAUUAUUUGUAGUAACACAGUAAAUACACAAUAAUGGGUCUGUUGUUUUCGAAGAUUUGGAGCUACUUUGGAACGGAAGAACAUAAGAUUGUUAUUAUUGGGUUAGAUAAUGCUGGUAAAACCACUAUACUUUAUCAGUUCUUAAUGAAUGAGGUUGUGCAUACAUCACCAACUAUUGGUUCUAACGUUGAAGAAGUUGUAUGGAAUAACAUACAUUUCAUAAUGUGGGACUUAGGUGGGCAACAAUCACUCAGAGCUGCUUGGUCUACAUAUUAUUGUAAUACUGAGUUCGUUAUAGUUGUUAUUGAUUCGACUGAUCGAAAUAGACUCGAUUUAAGUAGGGAAGAACUAUACAAAGUAUUAAAUAAUGAAGAAUUAUCCUCAGCGGCAGUUCUAGUGUAUGCCAAUAAACAAGAUAUGAAAGGCGCAAUGACCGCCGCAGAAAUUAGUAAACAUUUAAAUUUAACAUCGAUAAAAAAACAGCAAUGGCAUAUUCAAGCUUGUUGUGCACUUACCGGCGAAGGAUUGUAUAAAGGUUUAGAGUGGAUAUGCAGCCAAUUAAAAAAUUAAAUAAUAUUAAACAAUAUUCUUUUUUUUAUGUAAAUAAUAUUGUUUUUUUGUAAAUAAAUUAUGUACUUGUAAAUAUAAAAAACUAAUAAUGUAAGGAUCAUCAUUGUAACAUAUUUUUUUAUGCUAAAUUUAUUGAUACUGUUUAAUUAAUUUAAAUUAUGUUAUGUUAUUUCAAAUAAAAUCGUUUUAUGAACUGUGUGAAGCAGUUUGAAUUUUUU